UAUUCGCUGGCUGCUAAGAAACAAGAGAGAGAGAGAGAGAGAGAGAGAGAGAGAGAGAGAUAAGGCAAUAAUGCUCUGUUACUAAUUUGCUGAGAUUUCCUGUUUUAGAUUCAUUUUCGGCGAACUGUAAAGAGACAGAAAGAGAUUUAAAAAAAAAAAAAAAGCCUAUAACUUAGGGUUUCGAUUUUUGUUUAUUGCCGAGGAAUCAAUCUUUUGCUUAAACGUACGUUCGUGUGAAGUAGAAGCAACGCACGCGCAAUGCCCUGCGAGUUUUAACUUUCAAGCCUCACCUGCUUCGUUUACUAUUUCAUUCAGCAUUUUCUCGAAUCUUCUACCACUCACUGUUUGGCUAAUUAAUCUUCGUCGACGAUUUGUUCAUCCGUGUGCCGGCAAUGGGCAUGAUUUGGAUUUCUAAUGUCUUUCUUCUUGGGUGAUGAGAUGUGUCAAGUUUUCCAGUACAGCGAGUAGGGAUGGACAUUGCUGCUCUUUUAACUUCUGCUGGAAUUAAUAUUGCUCUGUGUGUGGUGCUCUUUUCAUUUUAUUCAAUAUUAAGGAAACAACCCGGCAAUGUUAAUGUGUACUUUGGACGGAGACUAGCCUCUCAGCGAUCAAGACGCAUUAAUCUCUGUUUGGAAAGAUUUGUUCCCUCCCCUGGCUGGAUAUUGAAAGCAUGGGAAACGUCGGAGGAUGAUAUACUGGCUAUUGGUGGCUUGGAUGCUGUUGUAUUUGUUAGGGUACUUGUGUUCAGUAUUCGAGUGUUUUCCAUUGCUUCUGUCAUCUGCACUGUUCUAGUGCUUCCGGUGAAUUACUAUGGUAAAGAAGGAAUGCAUAAGAAUAUACCUUUCGAGUCACUGGAUGUUUUUACCAUCGAGAAUGUCGAAGAAGGUUCAAAGUGGCUUUGGGCUCAUUGUCUUGCAUUAUACAUCAUAACAAUUGCAGCUUGUACUCUUCUUUACUUUGAAUAUAAGAGCAUUACUAAGUUGAGGCUACUGCAUAUUAUUGGCUCACCUCCAAAUCCAAGUCAUUUUACAAUUCUUGUCCGAUCAAUUCCCCGAUCUUCAGAAGAAUCAUACUGUGACACAGUGAAAAAUUUCUUCUCAUAUUACCAUGCAUCAACAUAUUUGUCACACCAAAUGAUUUAUAAGUCUGGAACAGUUCAGAAACUGAAGGAUGAUGCAGGACAUAUGUGUAAGGUACUUAGAGAUGCCUCAAUAGAAAAGGGUUGUAAGCCAUGUUUUAUGCAAUGUUGCUGUUCUGGAACACCUACAAAUUCUUUUAAGAUGAUUUCUGAUGAGAUAGAUAGUAUACAUGGGAGAACAGGCUACACUGACAUGCAUUUAGAUACAAGAGACAAGGAAUGUGCGGCUGCUUUUGUGUUCUUUAAAAGUCGGUAUGCUGCCCUUAUGGCUGCACAAAUUCUGCAAACAUCAAAUCCUAUGUUGUGGGUGACAGACGUAGCUCCUGAACCACAUGAUGUUUACUGGUCCAAUAUUUGCAUACCAUAUAGGCAACUUUGGAUCCGUAAGAUAGCUACACUUGUGGCUUCUGUUGCCUUCAUGCUUGUAUUCCUUAUCCCCGUCACAUUUGUACAAGGCUUGACUCAACUAGACAAGCUUCAGAAAAUGUUCCCUUUUCUGACAGGGAUAUUAAAAAAUAAAUAUGUGAAUCGGGUGGUGACUGGCUACCUACCAAGCGUGAUAUUGGUUUUAUUCUUGUGUGCAGUUCCACCCGUAAUGAUGCUAUUUUCAGCAGUGGAGGGUUCUAUUUCCCGUAGUGGAAGGAAGAAGAGUGCAUGUUGCAAAGUCUUGUACUUCACAAUCUGGAAUGUGUUUUUUGUUAAUGUCUUUGCUGGUUCCGUUAUCAGUCAACUCUCAGUCUUUUCUAGUGUAACAGACCUGCCUGGCCAACUUGCCAAGGCCGUGCCAGCGCAGGCUACCUUCUUCACAACUUAUGUUUUGUCAUCUGGUUGGGCAAGUUUGGCAGUUGAAGUUAUGCAAAUUUUCCCUCUUUUAUGCAAUCUCUUCCAGAGAUUCAUACUCAGGCUAAAGGAUGAUGCACUGGAUGGCAGCCUAUCUUUUCCAUACCAUACAGAAGUUCCAAGGAUCUUACUAUUUGGAUUCCUUGGGUUCACCUGUUCUAUUCUGGCACCCCUAAUGUUGCCCUUCUUAUUGAUCUACUUUUUCCUUGCUUAUCUUGUUUACCGAAACCAGAUUCUCAACGUGUACGUUACAAAAUACGACAGUGGGGGACAGUUUUGGCCCAUUGCUCACAACACAACGGUAUUUUCAUUGAUAUUUGCUCAAGUUAUCGCGCUUGGGGUGUUUGGACUAAAACGCUCACCAGUUGCAUCUGGAUUCACCAUUCCGCUGCUGAUUGGUACCCUUCUAUUUCACCAGUAUUGUAGGCAACGAUUUAUCCCAGUAUUUAGGGGCAAUUCAGCACAGGUUCUUAUUGACAUGGAUCGGAAAGAUGAGCACUUUGGAAGGAUGGAAGAGAUUUAUGAACAAUUGCAUUCUGCCUACAACCAAUUCGGUUUAAUGCCGCAUGCCUCGAGUCAAUCCGAAUGCUUGAGUCAUCACGAGGACAAAGGGACUGCUCAGUCUUCAGAAGAUAUCGAGAAAGGCAAGGAACUUGGUAAAAAAGACAGAUCAUGGUCUCUUCAUCGUUCGAGUUCUGAUAAAGCGGUACUUGAUGGAAAGUAAAUAAGUGUUCGGCUCGUAACAUUGUAUAAGAAUCAUCCUGAUGUGCACUAAAAGUGCCAUUCAUGAAGAAAAAAAAAAAAAAUUAUAGGUGAAGAUGAAGGUCCCUUGAUUCAUUGUUCAUUAGCUAUUUUUAAUUGUAAAUAAUUUUUAAAUUAUCUUCAAUUAAAUGUGAAUAGACAAAUGAAAAUAUAAUUAAU